UCGGUCCCUUGGCACCUUUUGUUUCUUGAAGAUGUCCCAAGCAGAUGCCGCCGGCGGUGCUUCCAUCAUCACCAGGCAGGGGACACUUGCGCUGGAGGCCAAGAAGCCUUUCCUCCCCCUGCGAGCAUUGACCAAGGACCGCCCCGGCGGCCCCGAGGAUGGCGGAGGGCCUCCCAAGCGGGAAGCCGGCGACGUGAAGGGUGCCGUGCAAGCGGACCCCGAGGACUUUGCCGAAUCGCUGCUGAGGAGCUUGGCGGAGGAACCCUACGAGACUGUCUUCGAGGACCCUCCCGCGGGCUGCGCUUGCAUCAAGAACCUGGACACCGGCGAGGCACGGCCGCUGGCGCCGGGGAGCUGCACGGCCAGCUUCGUGGGCAAGCAGAUGGAGCCCAGCCGCCUCCAGAAACGACCCUGGCGCUUGUGGUGGUCCGAGAAGCGGCGCAAGGAUGAUCGCUUGCUGCAAGCAGCAGCAGAAGGGGACGUCGACACUAUGCAGGACCUGCUCACCCAGAGCAAGGCCCAGCCCUUCGCCUCCUGCGGGGCCUUCGACAAGGCGAGCGGCCGCCACGCGCUGCACUUCGCGGUGGGCGCGGAGUCCAUGGAGGCGCUGGAGCUGCUGCUGGACCACGGCGCCCAGGUCAACAUCAAGAGCCGCAGUCGCGCCACCGCGUUGCACGUGGCGGCCGCCCGGGGCCACGUGGGCAUGGUGCUGCGGCUGCUUGCGGCCGGGGCAGAUGCCAUGUGUCAGACGGAGGAGGGGCAAACUGCCUUGCACCUGGCGGCGGCCAAUGGCCGCUCAGAGGCCAUCAAGGCGCUGCUUCAGCAAGAGCCGGAGAAGCAGCUGGUGGUGAGGAACAAGCUGGGGCAGCUGCCACCCCAAAGCUCGGCGGAUGCCUUGACUGCCUUCAUGUUCCGCGGCUUCGCCUUCGCCAGCUGCGGCGUCGGCUCCCGCCGGAACUCAGCUUGCAGCGAGGUGUCCACCGCUGCCUCCUCGACGGACCUGGGGGAUUUGUCGGACCUGGGGUACGGGAUCGGCGCAGCUGUGGACACCUACCUGGAGCGCACAGCCCACGCCACUGGGGCUUUGCGGCGGGACUCGAGGGCCGACGCGGUGCAGCGUUUAUUGCGCACCACGCGCAGGCUGAAGGAGGUGGAACUGCCGGAGAGGCAUUUGACGGAGAAGACCCUCACCGCGAUGUCCUUCAAGGCGGCCUCGCCCAAGGGCUCGCCCUCCAAGUCCCCGUCCGCCUCCAGCGGCACCUCCACGCCCAAGCGGCCCAACUUGGUGAAGAUGAAGUCGGGGUCCUCCCGGGUGGAGAAGGUGGGCCCCAACAGCUUCGAGCUCGUAAAGCUCCUGGGCCGGGGCUCCUUCGGCGAAGUCUUCCAGGUGCGGCACAAGCGCAAUAGCAAGGUCUACGCCAUGAAGGUGCUGCAAAAGAGCCGGAUCAUGAGCAGCAACUUGUUGCGCUACGCGGUCACCGAGCGGAAUAUCUUGGCCUACAUCCGGCACCCCUACAUCGUGUCACUGCACUACGCUUUCCAGACUCCGAGCCACCUGGUGCUGGUGCUGCAGUACUGUCCCCGAGGGAACCUGCAGCAGCUCAUCACGCGCGAGAAGCGCCUGGGCGACGAGCUUUCCCGCCUCUACACGGCCGAAAUUCUCCUGGCCUUGAUUCACCUGCACGAGAGGCACACAGUUUUCCGAGACCUGAAACCAGACAACGUGGUCAUCGAUGAAGAGCACCACGCCUUGCUCACCGACUUUGGACUGUCCAAGGAGGGCGUGGGCCAGCGGGGCACCAAGUCCUUCUGCGGGUCCGUGGCCUUCUUAGCCCCAGAGAUCUUGCUGCGGAAAGGGCACAACCACACGGUGGACAUCUACAACCUCGGGGUGCUGCUCUACGACAUGCUCACGGGGCUUCCGCCGUUCUAUCAUCACGAUCGGGAGACCCUGUUUGCCAACAUCAAGCAUGCGCGGCUGGAGGUGCCGCUGUAUGUCUCCCGCCCCGCGCGUGCCUUCAUUGAGGCCACCAUGGAGCGGGAGCCGGGGAAGCGGCUGGGGGCGCACCACACCUCCGAGGUCAAGAACCACGCCUUUUUUGCGGAGACGGACUUCGAGCAGAUCAUGCGGCGAGAGGUGCCGGUGCCGGAGGCGCAUCCGGCGGAUGAGAGCUCCAUCCCUUGGCUGACGGGCCCGCUGGGCAUGGCGAAGGCUCCGGAGAGCCCCUUCGCCCCGACGGGUUGGCGCAAGAAGUACGCCAAGAUCCCGGUGCCUACGGGGGAUCGCGGCGUCUCUGGCUGGGACUUCGCCUCGGUGAACACCCGCUCCGUAUCCCAGGCGCCCAGCAGCAACAUGGACUCUGAGAGUUCCACCAGCACCAGGCGGCCAAUGGGCCGAAGAGCAUCUUCCGCUUCCUCCAGAGAGGACGUGAAACCGUGACACGGCUCUACUCCAAGGGGUCGAUACCAGACCAAGGGACGAAAUCUGGGAAACUGUCGACCA